CAAGGGAAGCUUCGUGGAAGCUCCCUGGUGCCAGACUGAUGGACUCGAUGGUACUUGUUCGCUCCCACCAUUUAACCCCUCCACCUUCCUCCCUCCUUCCCCUCAGCCCUUCACCUCUUUACUCUCUUCCCUUCUCCUCCAUCUCCUUUCUCCCUGCUGCUCUUUUCCUUCUUCUUCCAUUCUACACAAUGAAACUUAUCAGUAUCAACCCCAAAACCUUCCGACUCAACGCCAAACAACUCUUCCGCUCCAAGAGAGAACGCUCCGCCGUCUCCAGAUCCGAUCCCCCGUCCUUCAGCAGCUCCGGAACAUCGUCUUCUUCCGACGAAUCCACCCACAAGCCGGCUCCAGGCGCUCCCGGCUCCAGGACCCCCACCAGCGUCUUGCCGGACAUUUCUCCUGACUGGUCUGAUCACUCCACUGAAAUUCAGUCCGAUUUGGCCCAAGCUUUGAGGCUCGUAGACCGAGAUGACGACGGAAUCAUCUCGCGAGAAGAGUUGGAGGCCUUUCUGACCCGGCUCGGUGAGAGUCAGGAGGACGUGGCAAUGAUGCUUAGUGACGUGGAUCCCGAGGGAAGCGGGUGCAUCAGCGUCGAUGCGCUACUAAGCCGGGUCGGGCCGGGCUGUGGUUCGACGCCGGACUCGGAUAGUUUAAGGGAGGCGUUCGAGGUAUUCGACACGGAUCGUGACGGGAAAAUCUCGGCGGAGGAGCUGUUAGAGUUUUUCAAAGCUAUCGGGGACGAGCGGUGCACGUUGGAGGAAUGCCGGCGAAUGAUUAAAAGGGUUGAUAGGAACGGGGAUGGAUUCGUGUGCUUCGAGGAGUUUUCCCGUAUGAUGGAGCCACAGAGGUGACUGUGACGUGACAUGAUGAAUGGUCAUGAUCAUAUGAUGAUGCACCUCUAGAAUCCUCACGAAGAAGUGGCGAUGAUCGUGUCAAGUGAAGGGGUGCGAGCAUUAUUUUUUGUCUCUGUAUUUGUUCGGGCGUUUCUUCUCUGGCUGAUUUGGGUGUAUAAUGUUUGAACCCAAGGACGACCUUGGAAGGAAAAAAAAAAGUGAUAUAAAUUAAAAUUUAAUUAUCCAUGUUUCA